ACGUCAACAGUAGUUCCGCAGAAAAUAAAUUGAUGGAGGACGAGAGUUGAGAAGGAUAUCAUUUAAAGAGGUUGAUUUUGCAGAAACACUGCCAUCAUGGCUGACAGGAAGGCCGAGUUAGAGAGAAAGAAGGCUCGCCUCGAGCAAAUGAGGAAAGAGAGAAGUGAGAAGGAGCGCAUAAAGAAAAGUCAACCGAAAAGCUCGUCUCUAUCUAAAGAUGAAUCUGUACAGCGGCAACAGAGUGAAGACACUAAGGCCAAGCCGCCGACUGAUCUCCGGACUGAAACUGACAAGAUGCUUCGGGAUCUGGGCAUCCCUCCUGCAGCUGAAAUUAUUUCUCCAGAUGCAACUGCUGAAAAGGGGCUGCCUCCUGGGGCCCAACCUAACAAACAAGGGGAGAUAACUCAAACAGUUGCUCCAUCAAGCUCCAAGAGAAAGGUGAAUUUAUCAAUGUGUAAAGUGUCAGAGACGAACAUCCCACCCAAGGAAAAUGUGACGUACAGCAAGGAGGUUCAGACAGUGGCAUCGGAGCCGCUUGACAAGGAUGGAUUGAAGGGCGGUCGAGGUCCUGCCACACGUGGGCCGUGGGACUACUACGAUUCAGAUUCAAGCACAUGCAGCCCUAAACUGGGGUCCUCCCCUCGUUAUGGGUCCCCAAAGUUCGUGUAUCCAAAUAUGGAGUGGGAUGACGAGUUCACGGAUGAUGAGGAUGAAAGUGAGGAGGACGAAGAUGAUGAGGCGGACACCGACUCCAUGGACGUGGGUGUGGAGACUGGCCCAUCUCACCGGAUGCCUCAUGUGGAGAUGGUAGCCCCAACCCAGCAGGAAGGAGAGAAGAAGGAAGAGAAGAUUCCAGUGCGUGAGAUGAGUGAAGAGGAGAAGAAAGGCAUCAUGCUGAGUGAUGACUUUCAGACAUUCUUCUUCAAGUCGGCUCGGGUCAUCGAGCGAGCUAUGGCUGAAGAUACUGACAUCUUCAUGGACUAUUCUGGUGGAGACAGGGAAGGCAAUGAAGAUGAUGCUCUAGCAGGAGAGAGGUUAAAGCUGAACAGAGACUUCUAUGAUGAGCGCUGGUCUAAGCACCGGACCAUCACCAGUCUGGACUGGUCCACUCAGCACCCAGAACUCCUGGUGGCUUCAUACAAUACAAAUGAGGACUCACCUCAUGACCCAGAUGGAGUUGCUCUUAUCUGGAACAUGAAGUUUAAGAAGGACUCUCCGGAAUAUGUCUUCCAUUGCCAGUCACCAGUCAUGUCCAGCUGUUUUGCCAAAUUCCACCCAAAUCUAGUUGUAGGGGGUACAUAUUCUGGUCAGAUUGUCCUGUGGGACAACCGAGUCAACAAGAGGACCCCAGUGCAGCGGACACCCCUGUCUGCUGCAGCCCACACGCACCCAGUGUACUGUGUGAAUGUGGUAGGCACCCAGAAUGCCCACAAUCUCAUCAGUGUGUCCACUGAUGGCAAGAUGUGCUCUUGGAGUCUCGACAUGCUCUCACAACCACAGGACAGCAUGGAGUUGCAACAUAAACAGAGCAAGUCUGUGGCCGUUACUUCGUUCUGCUUCCUGUCAUGUGACGUCAACAACUUUGUUGUAGGGGCUGAAGAUUGCACCGUUUACACUGCAUGUAGACAUGGAACAAAAGCUGGGAUCAAUGAGGCGUUCGAGGGCCACCAGGGCCCUAUUACCAGCAUUGACUGUCACUCGGUUCCAGGACAGAUUGACUUCUCUCCGUACUUCAUCACAUCAUCUUUCGACUGGACCAUCAAGUUAUGGAGUAUAAAGGACCAGAAGUUCAUCCACUCCUUCGAGGACAACAGUGACUAUGUGUACGGAGUACAGUGGUCUCCCAUCCACCCUGCUCUUUUCGCCAGUGUAGAUGGGAUGGGUAGACUUGAUCUCUGGCAUCUCAACAAUGAGACAGAAGUGCCGACAGCAUCCGUUGUGGUUGAUAAUGUGGCCCUGAACCAGCUGAAGUGGCACCAGAGUGGCCACCAUAUCGGGGUUGGAGAUGACCUCGGCAAAAUAUCCAUUUUCGAUGUUGGGGAGCAUAUAGCUAACCCGAAGUCUGACGAAUGGUCACGCUUUGUACGAACACUCCAGGAACUGAAACAACAUGCUCAGGAGAGGGAAGAGGACUCCACUCUGGCAGGAAUGUCCACCCCGCUCCGAUAAAUCUCACCCGCUUAACUCAAACUUGUGCAAUUUCUCUGUGAACCAACAUUGGGUGCUUCGUAUUGUGUUUGAGGUUCACCUCACAUGCUAUCAGUGACAUACCUUUGAAAUAAUGCCCCACUUCCGGGAACAUUCAACAGAGGUCAUCUGAAUGUAAGAACAAUGUAGGUAUUGACAUGCAUGUGAUGCAAAGAAAUACUUUGACCUGAAAUGAUUCAAGAAUAAGAAAAAUAUACCAAUACUGUAGGGUAAGUUUUCAGUUAGCUCAAAAAAGAUAUAUCGAAAAUACAUUAAUUUGAAAGCUGACUUAUAAGAAUGCUAAUUUAUUUUGUUUUGUCAAGUUCAAGAAAUGAUUAGGAAUUAACAAAAUUACCCAGUACUGAAUUGUUAGUUUUCAGUAAACACAAUAAUGAUCCAUACAACAUAAAUUAUAUGCCAAGGAAGGUAAGGAGACAUGCAUUUACAAUGUUGAGAGCUGGAGAGAUAUUUUAGUGCUUGAUGAACAAUAAGUGCUGGAAUCUGAAACGUGUCUUACUAUUACCCUGUCUGUGACCUUUAAAUCUGAAUAUCUUCUGCAGUCAUGGAGAGUAGGUUUCACAUUGUUUCCAUUCAAACCAAUAUUCAGAUUCAAUCCUGUCUUUCAAACUACUUACAGGUAAUUCGGAAUUACCAGUGCUAAAUAUAAAAGUUAUUUAAUUUCUUAGUUGUGUUAUUUUCUCAAUCUGAAUCACAUCUGCCUUGAUAAAAUACCUUUUUAUACGUUUUGUCAGAUGGGAGAUAACUCCCUUCACAAGUUUAUUGUAGAAAUGCAUCUGUUUCUCACUUCGGUUAUAGAGUUAAUGGAUACUACAUUAUAUUAUUUAUAUUUAUUAGUUAAAGUUAGCCUUGCUUUUGGAGUGGUGUAUUUGUAAAACAAAUAUGGUUCCUGUAUGACAUCCGGAUCAUGUUUGAAAAUGACAAAACUGUUGAUAUAUGUGCAUGACAUACUUGUUACAUAUGUGAAUAAUAAACAAUUAAUGCUGA